GACGUCAGCGGCUGCAUGGCGGCGCCAUUGCUGGCAGGCGGGUGAGGCGACUCGAGGCGCGGCGGUGUCGGUGUCGGUGGUUGCGGACGAGGAUUGACCGACCUGUGGGGGCCACGUUGGCCCUGCUGACGGUAGGGUAACAUCGCCUCAACAAUCCCCACGGGCCGCUCCACCCCGCUCCGCCGCUGACUCGGCCAUUCCCUGAGGAAAGUGUCAGUAUGGCAACAUCUGCGGAUAAAAGCCACAGUACGAUGUGGGCAAGAUUUCAUAGCGAAUCAGCAAGUAGGGUUGUGAAAUUAUUGAGAAAAAGUAAAAGUAUGGAUACACUACUGCAAUCCACCAACUGGAUACUAAAAGAUAUUCCAGAUUAUGAUAUAGUUGAAACUUUACUCCCUUCAUCUCUACCAAUGGCGCCACUUACAAAAUGGGAGGUUCUGCUCCAUCAGCACGGAGAAGACCAUUUUUUGGAAUCAAGAAGGAAAUUGACAACUAGCAGCAGCUGUCCAUCGCUUGUGUACAGGCUGGAAGCAUCUGUUUGUGAAGUACAUAGUGUCGUUCAAUCUCGUUCUGAAGAAAUUCCAAGUGUUACCAAUCAACCUGAAGCUGUUUCAUGUGAGGAAACGAAUCAGUUAGCUGACCUGAAUGCCUUUACUAUGGAAUCAGUACAACGUACAGAUGAUGACAGUAAAAUGCCAGAUCAGAAUGAUGAGUUUUUCUCUUGGGCAUUGGAGAGAGCUGAAAGGGCAAAUAUUAAAGACCGAGGUUUUGAAGAAUUUGUGGUGGAAGAAAAGGAAGGAUUGAUUUUGGAAAAUGACUACCUUAGCCCAACGGUGCCUGUUGGUAAACUGGUAACUCAAAGAACAAAUGCUGGGCCCGCAGCCAUGGAGGAGACUCCAACAGGAAUUAAUGACUUCCAUUCAGAAUAUUUUGCUACGAUGAAGGAGCCUGAAUGUAAAGAGAUGGUGCCUGGAGUUAAUACAAAGUGUGAUAAUGUUGAGAUGGAUCAAGCGUUCCAAAAGAUGGAACCAGCUGCAGAACCUGAACAUCUUGCACAGAUUGAAAGCAUGGAGUCAUUUGAAUAUUCUUUCACUAAAUCUAAAAGAAAGUCGUAUUAUGCAGAGGAAGAAAUGAAACUUGUGGUGAAGGAUAAGGCUGAGAUCGAGUGCAAGAGCCAACAAACUAAAUUUUCUCGAGAGCACUAUCAGGGAUUGGACGAGGACAUUAAAUAUUCUGAGGAGCUGUUUGACGAACUCAAUGAUGAUGAUGACAGUACUAACCUGGAGACAAGAACAAUGUUGUGCCUACCGUUCUUAUGUUGGAGAAGGAGAAAUAAGCAUGAGAAGGAGCAGAAGGGUCCCAACUUCUUUGAAAGAUAACUUUGUGCCUGUAGAGAAUUGUUAAAAUGGAGCGAUUGACCUGUUUUAUAAUAAGUGGAGUUCCACAAAAAAAGUUGUAAAUUGUUUUGCUUGUUGAUACGUUUAGCUGCUGUGUUAUAACUUUUAAGCUAAUCUUUAAUAAAAACAUUAUU